AUGGACCAAUAGGAAAAUACCUUAUCGAAAUGCAAUUUGACGGAAGCUGUCAAAGGUCUCAGAAUAUCAGUGAUUUCUAUUAAAAUGUUGAAUAAAAUCGUGAAAAUCCGACUGUAUUAUAAACAAGACCACUUUUUGAUUGCAACAUGAUGCUUGUGUACAGAGGAAACAGGACAACUUUCAUGUAUUUUGAUUUACGUUAUAGAUGUACAUUUGACCAUCCGUUAUCCCCUCAGCGCAGUGCUGCCACGCUUCUACCCACCAAUGUCGGUAGAUCUCAAAAAAUAAAUCGGUAUUUGAGCAAUGGAAAACAAAUACUUUAUGAAGCAAUGAAAAACAAAUACUUUAUGAAUAAAUAUAUUUUAUUCAUUACUGAUCAGUUUCGGGUAUCAGAAGUACACAAAGAAUCUAAAUAUACAUUGUUAACGUAAUAAAACAAGAACAACAGAACAAUAUAAAUCGAUAAUUAUUAAGUUGUUUAGUCAUU